AUGCGCCACACCAGCUGUCACCUCCCCAAUGGCCUCACGUUUACCGUGAAGCCUGUUUUUGGUGGGGUCACGUUCAAAUCCAAUGACCUGCAUUCCCACAACUCCACCUUCCCGCCGGGGUGGACGAUCAUCAUCCAUAGCGAAAAACCGCUUGAGAAGCAGACUGAAGAACGCGGCAGGCAGGAACCAGGGGAGGAGCGCCCUCGUUCCAGUGGAAGCGAUGACAAUAUCACUCGCUUCACCACCCCCACCUUGAACCGCGACUGUCUCUAUAUCUCUUAUAUCGUCAACCCGCCAUCCAGCGACUUCAAGCCUGCAAUCUCGCCAACGCGCCAGAUUGCCAUGAUGCUCUGGGCCACAAUGUGGUGGUACUUCCAUGAGCCCGAGCCUGAUCUGCAUCUCGAGACUGCGGCCUCCAGCUCGACCCCGCACGAUGGACGGCCCAAGGGCGAGUGGCGGGUGAAUAUCAGACGAGAGGGGAUCUUCAAAGGCCGCAAUCUCCUGCAGAAACUCGAGCGCAUGGGUCUAAUCUCAAGUAUAGACUCAUCGGUUGGCCUGCAGCCAAUGGAGACUCGUGAUGCGGGCAGAUGGUCGAACAUGUUCGUCAGUCGACGAGCCUUCUGGCAGCUCGACCCUCGUCUGUUCCUAUUCACCCUCACUCCGCGUGGAUCGCCUCCGUCUCCAUCAAUAACUCCGUUCCAGUCCCGUCAUGCGUCACCGGCACGGGAUGGUGUGUCGGGAUCGAGUCCACUGCCCCCGGCAGAGGCAACGUUUCACACGGCCAACGUGGGGGCUUUUACCUCCGGCGGACCGUUCACUUCGGCCAGUCAUCUUCCAACAUACUAUCCGCCGGCACCGACACAGUAUACUUUUACCAAGGGUGUGCGUCAUCCCAUUCGGCCAAAGCCUCCACACCAAGGCGAGGUCUUCUAUGUGCGAUACAUUCCUAGCGUAGGACAAUACUUAUCAUUCCGGAUCCCUUAUCUCCCAAUUAAUAAGCCCGGCACUGGACAAGGAUCAAGCACAAACAGUCGCCCGUCAACACCAACUAUGACCAUCAGCUCAUCCGCGGUCACCGGUAUCGAGCAGCAUCUUUGUGCCAAUGCGCCCUCCGAUCUCGAUUCACUGCACCAGUGGAUGAAUGAUCCUCGAGUGGAGGCGAUGUGGGGGGUCGGCGGUCCACGAGAUGUACAGGAGAAAUUCUUGCUGGAUAACAUGACGAGUCGGCACAGUUUCCCCGUCAUCGGCUGCUGGGAUGGAAAACCAUUCGGAUACUUUGAGAUCUACUGGGUAAAGGAGGACACGCUGGGGCGGCUUUUGGACCGAGUCGACAACUAUGACCGGGGCAUCCACGUUCUAGUUGGAGAGCAAGAGUUCCGGGGCCCCCAUCGGGUUGCGAUUUGGCUGAGCGCAUUGGUGCAUCACUGCUUCCUAGCCGAUAUGCGUACGGAGGCAGUUUACCUGGAGCCGCGGGUGGAUAAUACCAAGUUCAUCAACUAUCUCCAAGAAGCUGGAUUCUUCAAGGAAGGCGAGGUCUCCUUCCCACACAAGCAAUCUGCCGUGAUGAAACUCAAGCGCGAGUACUGGGAAGCCCCAGCUCUUUGA